UUUUUCUUAUAUAUUAUUUAUUUUCAAGCAUUUUGGACCAAUUGAAAUAAUGGAAUAAACUAGAAAAGGCUAAAAGGCCCAAUCUUCUCAAACGGGCCGUAUUAAUGUAGGCCCAAUCUGGACCCGAAAUGCUCGGGCUUUCCAGUCGUUAAUUGCAAAACGCAAAUGCAUUAGGAGUGAGAGAAUUCUUCAUUCAGAUAGGAAGAACCUAUGCUGUGAUUUCUGAGCUUCUGCAAAGAACUGAUUAAUCAAGAGGGAAAUGCAGAAACAGUUACAAUUAGGGUUUAUGAACUGUACUUGGUGCACCUGAAAGUAGAGGAGUGCUGCAUUUUCGUGAACAGAGUAUGCUGGGGAAGAGAAUAUGCGUUGGAUGGAAUCGGUUGUUUUUAUGUAUGCCCGUAGUUAUAUUAAUCGUCCAUUUGCUCUCAGUUACGGAGCUCAAUCAACAAAAUAAUUUUGGGGGUGUACAUAAAAAGAAGCCGAGAAAAUCCGAUCAUCUUAUUCUUGGACCUGCUGCUGGCGAGGGAUUGCCUGAUCGUUUGCAAUGCCAAGGAACGAAGGCUCUCAGCAAGAUGCAUUUUGGAACAUCCCUUAACAAUUCUCGCUCACCUGAUCGUGUCGCUCUUGUCACUGUUUUUACUAUCUACAACUCUACUGUUGAGAGCAGACCAGCUGAUUUGGUUACUGUUGGGAAUAUUUCAUAUGGCAAACUGGAGAGAUCAAUGGCCAUUUUGAAUAUUUUCGUAAAUUUCAUUCAGGCGGUCAUGCCCCAAAGCAAUGUUAUCAUUCUUACCGAUCCCGCUUCGGAGCUUCCACUGAAUAGAGAUAUGGUUACCAUACAACCAAUACAAGGUGAAUAUUCGAGAGACAAGUUGAUGCUUCAAAGAAUCAGGUCUUACAUUGCCUUCCUAGAAAGUAGGCUCGAGGGGCUGAACGAGAAUCAGGAGCAAGUCACUCAUUUCAUUUUUACAGACUCUGAUAUAGCAGUAAUAGAUGACCUGGGACAAAUAUUUACCGACUAUCCUGAUUUUGAUCUGGCUCUCACCUUCCGAAACAAUAAAGAUCAACCUCUCAAUUCAGGAUUCAUUGCAGUAAGAGGCACUGUAGAGGGAAUCAAAAGAGGGAAGGCUUUCUUACAAGAAGUGCUGAAAGUUUACAGUUCGAGAUUUAUGGAAUCUUCUCGCAUGCUCGGAGAUCAAUUAGCUCUUGCAUGGGUUAUAAAAUCCCACCCCAAUUUUAAUACAAGAAGAUUUUCGAAAAGAGAGGCUUUUCUAGACAAAAUCGGCGGUGCUUCAGUACUUUUCUUACCAUGCUCUGUCUAUAAUUGGACGCCGCCAGAGGGUGCUGGUCAAUUUCACGGGAUGCCCUUGGAUGUCAAGGUAGUUCAUUUCAAGGGAUCGAGAAAACGACUUAUGCUCGAGUCUUGGAAUUUUUUCUCGUCUUCUUCUAACCUAUCGGAUAUGCUAUGCCUUAUUUUGAAGAGUGGAAGAACAAAAUAUGAUUUCUGAACUUUUGUAUAGGCUUUCUUUUCAUGUAUUCAAUUAUCAUAUUUUGUUGUGUGAAGUGCAAAAUUGUGGCCAAUUAAUUCAAAGUUAUGAUAUGUUUGCACUCUUGAAGUAAUUAUUUCGCCUAUUUGAGUAGUGGGAGUUUUAUUUCUGAAAAUAGUUCAUUUCGUUCAAGGGAACCGAAAAUGUUACAGUAUUGGCCUAAUAGGCAAUUUUCAUUUAUUUUCUAGCUUAAUUGGCCAAACUUGUCAUU